AGAGAAAGCAAGAGUGCGAGAGGUGUAAGGGGUUGUGCGAGAGGGUGAGAGUGUGUCCUUUUAUCCAGCGGAAAGUCCCAGCUAUGGAGGCACGAGCAGGCCUGGAAGAACAGCAGACAGAUGGAAACAAAUACAGCAUGGUGGGGGUGGAGAGGGGUGAAAGGAAGGCGAUGGGGAGGGGAAAAGGGGCGGGGUUUAGCUUUGUGCUGUUCCUAUCAGGUAUAGGCAGGGGCAGGCUGUGGGAACAAGAGACGGAAGGAGAGAGAGAGAGAGAGAGAGAGAGAGAGAAGGCGAGAGGUAGACGGAGAUGCACACUCUGACUCGCACAGACGGUGGCACUGAAGUCAGUUGUAGCAGUGAAAUAAAACACAGCCCUGGACUGAAACCUGUGACCCUGAGACUGGAAGAACAGCACCGGUGCCAGGAGACAUGUCCGAAUCCAACGUUCAGUCCAAGAAGGCCGGCAUUCGGGCUGCUGUCAUCCUCAUUGGACUACUGCACAAGUCCAGGAGACACAAGGAAAGAGAGAGAGAGAGAGAGAGGGAGAGAGAGAGAGAGAAGGAGCGGAAACAAGAGCUGCUGACCAUCUCAAACGUUCCUCUGGGAGAAUGUCCACCAUCACCGCCACGCACUGCACCACCCACUAUGAAGUCUGCCGAGUUUUUCGACAUGCUGGAGAGGAUGCAGCUUCCUAAAUAUGAGGAAACUAAGAAGCACAAGGACGACUACAUCCCAUACCCCCGGAUCGAGGAUGUGCUGGAAAAGGGCGGACCGUACCCUCAAGUGAUCCUACCCCAGUUCGGAGGUUACUGGAUCGAGGACGCAGAGGCUCCUCUGGGCACUCCGACAUCCUCAGACAGUAGCUUCUGUGACGAAGAGGAGAACGAAGGCACAGGACUCGGAGGAGAAGGAGGAGGAGGAGGCCUUGGAUACAGACUGGAGAGCAACAGCACAGCGCGAGCGUACCGAAAACACUUUCUCGGAAGAGAGCACAUGAACUAUUAUUGCACAGGCAGUAGUUUGGGAAACCUCAUUAUGUCUUUAAAGCAUGAGGAGGAUGAAGGUCAGGAAUUCCUUCGUAUUAUGCUCAGGUCAAAGACAAAGACACUUCAUGACAAGAUUCCACUGGAGGGACUGCACCAGCUGCCCAGUGUUCCUCAGAUUGCCAAGCUGCUUUGUGAUGACGUCACAGGUCUGAAGUUUAAUCCUGUCCUUUACCCGAGGGCGUCUCAGCUGAUAGUCGGCUUCGACGAGCACGAAGUCAAUAACACCUUCAAGUUCGGGGUCAUAUAUCAGAAGUUUGGGCAGACGUCUGAAGAAGAGUUAUUUGGGAAUAACGAAGAGACGCCGGCAUUUGCCGAAUUUCUCAGUGUGUUGGGAGACAACAUAGAGCUGCAGGAUUUUAAAGGGUUCCGUGGUGGUCUGGACGUGUCUCAUGGACAAACAGGAACUCAGUCGGUCUACACUGUUUUCCGAAACCGAGAAAUCAUGUUCCACGUCUCGACGAAACUUCCCUUCACAGAGGGAGACGUACAGCAGCUGCAGAGGAAGAGACACAUCGGGAACGACAUCGUUGCUGCGGUUUUCCAGGAAGAACCCACUCCGUUUGUACCUGACAUGAUCGCGUCUAACUUCCUCCAUGCCUAUGUGUUAGUGCAGGCUGAAAACCCCUGUACUGAUCACACCACCUACAAGGUUUCUGUCACGGCUCGAGAAGACGUCCCGCCGUUCGGCCCACCUCUACCAAAUCGUGCCGUUUUUAAAAAGGGUCCCGAGUUCCGUGAAUUUCUGCUCACAAAACUGAUCAAUGCUGAGAACGCUUGCUACAAGUCUGACAAGUUUGCCAAGCUGGAGGGAAGGACGCGAGCGGCGCUCCUGGAUAAUCUGCAUGAUGAGCUGCACAGACAGACCCAGGCCACGAUGGGGGUGGGUUCAGUCACAGGGGAGGACAAACUGGAGAACGGAGGCCAUGGAGGUCUGCUGGAGUCCUUCAAGAGGGCCAUGCGGGUGAGGAGUCACUCCAUGGAGACGAUGGUGGGUUCUCACAAACACAAAGCUGCAGGAGGAGGUGUACCAUCCAGUAUGAGUGGAGGAGGGCUACCGCAGUGCAGUGCUGAGUGCACAAAGAGUACCUUUACGCCUCCAGUGCUGUCGGCCAAGUCUCCUAUGAAAAGUCCAGUAAAACGACGUUCAGGCCUGUUUCCCAGGCUACACUCAAGCACAGAGAGCCCUACCGAGAGACAUCCACCCCGCAGUGAUCACAAAACAGCAGAUGUAUUUCCACACUCGCAGGAAGUACGGUCGGAGACGUCGUCUAAUCCAAGCUCACCAGAAAUCUGCCCAAACAAGGAAAGGCCAUUUGUGAAGCUGAAGGAGUGCAGCAGCCGAAGCAACAUCUCCCGCUCGUCCUCCAGCACCAGCAGCUUUAGCAGCACAGCUGGAGAGGGAGAUGGUCUGGAGGAGCUUGACAUGACGGGAAAAGUAAAAUUUCACCUAAGUCAAACCUGAAGUUUCGUUUUGACAAGCUGAGUCACAUGACUACAGGGCAUUGAGAGAGACAGGAGCGACUACAGGGAAUGAGCAGGCAGUGUAGCUUAACUGGAGCCAAGAGACUUUCUGUCAAAGCGAGAAGGGACCAUCUGCUGUACGCAACGCAACCACCUUCAUCACUGCUCUCCAACACACACCUUUAUAAACUGCACACAAACAUACACACACACACACACACACACACAGAAAUUCACACACACAGAGCGGACGACGCCAAGAUGCCAAAGCAAGUCUUAACAGAAGAGAAGGCCACAAAUGAGACUGUUUCAAACCUGUGAAAGGUUCAUUUUGUGGUCAAAGUUGCUUCACAUCACACAGGUAGCAGAUAAUGUGCAAAAAAAAAAAAAAUUUGCAUAAUAACAAAACAAAUCAGUGCCACCAUUUAUUUAUUUAUUUUUUUUGGAUACAUCAAUAUUUGAGAAGAGGCAUGUGGUACAUGUGUUGUGUUCGUUGUGGUGAAAGUGGCUUCAAAUGAUUAUUAUUUUUUUUAGUUUUAACUAUGUUAAUUGCGAUGACUUCUAUGUAAUACGUAAUGAUGAAAGACAACAGACACAACAAUACAGCAAAGUUACAGCUGAGUCUAGUGCAAGCCAUAAUGCAAAUACAGCUAAAAAAAAAAAAUGAUUUAAGCAACGUCUGUGGUGUACAGACACUACUUACUGGCCAAGUAUGAGAGUCUCUAUGUGUGGUGGCCUGGGAAAACCAUGAAAAUUCACAUGAUUGAAAUUUUUGACAUUUUACUAUAUAUAGUUGUGAAAACUACAGCCUUUCCUGAAAUAUGUUUCCAUCGCGUGUACGUUUCUAGCAUUUUAAAAUGUGGUUCACCGCCAACAUGAAAACAUUUGAAAGAUUCUGGCCUCGCAAACAUUUUAACAGCCCGAUAUCUGAUCACAAAACGAAUUUAUUAUGCUCAUGUCCUUUUGAGAUGGCACCUAGCUAGCCAAAAGCCUGAUCAAAGAGUGGCAUUCCCUUGGCUAGCAAGAUGUCUUUAGGCACAUUUACUGUUGUUACUGGUUUCUUACCAAAAAUGAUCUUUGCAGGAAUUUAAAAAGUGAAUAAAAUGGUUGUUUUGGUGAAAUAUAUGUAUAGUUUCUUGAAGUAGUGGAGCCCGAGUAUGCAAUUGGCAGAACAUUCACAAGACAAGACAGUUAUAAAACAUAGAUAUUUUUCUACAGUCUUUUCUGGGCUGUUUUCCAAACGUGCGAUAAGUUCUCCCCGACCACCACAGAUACUUUUUUUUUCAACGUGCUACUUUAUUGACUUUCAACUUGAAUGUCUUAUAGCUUAUGCAUUAGUAACUUUACAGUUCCUGUCUGUGACCAAGCCAACGUUAUUAGUCAAUGACUAAUACUUUGUAAUAGAUAUACACACAUAAGACACUGUGAAAUGUUAUUUAAAUGUUCAGAACCAGUGCUUUGUCCAUAUGUUUAUACAGAUUUCAAUAUACUCCUGAACAUUAGCCAUAUUACUGAUUCAGACCUAUCCAGUGCAAACUUAAUCUAACAAUAUACAUAAAAUAUUAUCCUUGGGUCAUUUUUUUUAACUAACAAAAUAUGAGUAGCCAAAAACACUAGGGCAGUUUUGUUUGUUUGUUGUUGUUGUUUUUAAGCAUAAUUUGCCGAUAUAACACUAAUGGAUUGCUAAUUUGGUUGGUUGAAAGGCAAUUUUCUCCCAGUUGUUAGGUACAUAAAUGAAGACCGCCUCACUGAUUUAGGUGAAAUUGCUUAACAGGGGUUGUAGCAUUCAAAAGUUGCCAGUGCAAUAACAUGUCCAAAUGAUAUUCCCUCAAAACUUAAGCUAAAUGUCCUGUCCCAUUAGAUACAAGCCAUCUUUGUGGACGUACGCGAUUAAUUUUACCUCAGUUCAAUAUACCUAGCUUACUUCACCCAACUACAACCUAAAUACAACUGAAUACAAUUCAAAUAUCUAACAAAACUUCAAAUUUAAAUAGCAGAAUCACCAAUACGUUAGUUCUGUAGCUCUAAUCAUGUAUUUUAUUUUUUAUUUUUUUUCAAAUAAACAACCAUAAGUGUGAAAGAAGAUGCAAGAAAAGACAUUUCUUGUAAAAUGUCAACCAGGUGGCUAUUUUUCUACCACUAAAAUAUCAAUAUCAAGUCUAUACGUUAUAUUGUAAACUUACGUCAUUCUGAAGAUAAAGUAAGCACACGAUUCUUAAAGGAAUUCCUAUUUUGUUAGCUAGCUAACCUUAGCUAGGUUAGCAAACUGGUACUAUUGGUUAGUUAGAUAAAAACAGCUAUACUAGCCUAUGUUAGCUAGCUAAUUGAUAUCCUUGCUGAAAAUUCCAGCUGGUCUGUCCAAUCUGGAUUUUUCAGCAGGGAUUAACCGCUAACAGAGAUUUUUUUAAAGGGAGAAAAAAGGAGCUAAUAUGAUCGUUCUAGUUCCGAGAUACAGCUGUUUAGUUAGCUAAUGGUAGCUACCAGUGGGAGUGUAUCCAUGUUCUCAUGGUCCUAUGUUCCCCAGAGUUACUAGUGAACACAUGGUGAUGUAAAGCUGGAGUUAGGCUUCAGCAUAAGCGAGUGAGCUGUUCAUACUUAACAUUUAGUUCAUUUUAUGACCGUUUACUGUGUUUUAUAGGUGACAGUAUGGCAUUUCUUCAGUUUAGUGUAAACAUUUCACUAUUGUUCAUGUAUGGAUAAAGUUGAGUGUAACGUGCUACAAAGUAACAAAGUUACAAAGUUUUCCUGAUAACGUAGUAGUGUAACGCAUGACAUUUUAAAUGUACGUCAUUUGAUGACAGUUACUGAUGUCAAUACGAUUACGUUAUUUGCGUUACAAAUUUAUUGCUAAGAAAACAAUAUUAAGUAAAAAAUUAUUUAAAAUCACGUUUUGCCCCGAAUAAUUUUCCACUUGGAGCGGUUUGUCACUACGUAACCGAACGUCAGUAAAAGAGAACCGAUCAGACAGGUUUUACAGGAAAAUACGUGGAAACACUCGUGUCUUAUUGUCUCACGGCUCUCAAUUCUGCCAAACGCUAUCUCGCACAGUCGGUGUGAGGGAAAAUGGAUAUACGGCGAUUAAAAAAAAAAAAAUUUAAACCAGUAAAUGUGUUGAAACUGAAACAGUAAGAUCCUCUGACGCUGAGCAGGAAAACAAGGUGUAUAAAUGUCUACACGAGUUCCAGUUCACGUGAACAUGAUAUGAGCAGAGCAUCAGGAAAGAUACCGUACUUCACAACCCAUGCAGUGAUAGCUUAGCUGUGCCUCCCCUUGGCUAGCGACACCAAACUAGCCUAGUUAGAAAAAAUUUAUAUUUUAUCGGUCUGGUCGUCUUAUAAACAACGAUAACACCCGAGGCUUUACGUUUUAUGAUAAAUCCGACUUUUUCCGAUCGUGUCAUACAUCGAUGCGCGCUAAAAUGACUGAAAGAACUACGAGUUUCACUUUGUAGUGUAUUUUUGUCGGUUUGAUAGGUUUGUAUGUCUUUGGUGUUUAUUCAUAAAUUGAAUAGGGCCCUAGAAAAAUGAGUCCUGAGUACGUAAAACCUUUCGGAAAACUUUACUUGAUGUGUGUUAACAGAAUAUUGAACUGGGGAACAUAGGAUCCUGGAAACAUAGGAAUGACCCCUUACCUACCAGUAGAUAAAUUAGCUAACUGGCAAGGAAUUCGCUACACUAGUCAGAAGUUAAUGUUGGUUAACUCUAGCUAAAUUAUCUAGCAGUUAAUGUUAGUUAGCUAGCUAAUAUUAGGUAACAUUAGCUAAAGUAACUAGGUGGUAUUGUUAGCUGACCAGUUAAUGUUAGUUCACAAUAGCUAAAUUACCUAAUAUUUAAAAUGAUGCUCAUGUUUUUGCUAGCUAACCAACAUUAAGAGCUAACUGAGAUUUUUAAACUAAUAAAACAAGCGGAUACAAUUUCAAUAUAGCAGCAGAACGUCUAACCAUGUCUUUUCAUAAUAAUGCUAAGAUCCAAUUAGCUAAUCGCUACACUAGUUGGGGUUAAUGCUAGUCAUCCAACAAUGACUAAAUUAGCUAAUAUUUAAUGUUAGUAUGCCAUGCUAGCUAGCUAUCAUCAUAAACCUUUAACAGAGAGUGUGUAAGAGUGAGGGAGGACUGUGUAUGUGUUUUUCAGAGCUCAAGCCUAAUAUCCUGCUCGGAAAAUACCAAGAAAAUAUCCCACCUCGAUAUUAUGCCUUAUUUUUUUUUUUUCCUCUAGACUCUCAUAAAGAAAGAAAAAUCUUAUUUUAUUCAGAUUUAUCUUCCCUCGACUUGAAUUGUACAUAUGCCAAAAAAUAAUAGCUCCAGCACUCCUGUACUUUGUUUAUGUUUAUGUUUAAAAAAAAAAAAAAAAAAGAAAAGAAAAGAAAAGAAAAAAAAAGUGACUUGUGAAUGUGUGGUUUGAUUUUCAUUUCUAUAACGAGCAAGCAAAAAAGCACUUUCUGACGUGUGAGAAACUGAAACGUUUAUCAGACGGUAGGUUGUGAGUGAGUAAAUCGGUGUACGGUGUACGCUUUACCUGCAGUGAGAGCUUAAAGCACAUGGCGUAUACCUGUCCAGAGCGGAGUGUGUACCGGAAAGUUUGGGCAGAGAGUGUGUGUGGAGUAGCGCUGCUACUGCUCAGGAGUUUUAGUUUGAUACCGACAUAAUUUAUUGCUUUUAAACCUUGUUUCAAUGUCUGUAAAACAUAAUUGCAGAGUAAACUGAGACGUAAAUAACUGCAGAUUAUUUAAAGAUUAUUCCUGUAUAUGUAUAUUUGGUUAUGUACUGUGCCAUUGAGAAUUUAUUAUGAAAUAAAAUGUUGUAUUUUGUGUCAAA